ACCAAAGAAUGAAUCCGGUGAGGAAGAAGAGAUUCAGAGUUAACAGAAGUGAAGAAGGGGUUCUGUGGUGUGUGCGACAGCGUCGAACUUUUCUUCCAUUCCCUUCUGAUGUCUAAAGAUAGUGAUGUGGAAAACCCUACUAAUAACCCCACUGUUCAAAAGGGUGUGGAUGUGAAUGGCAAUUUGAAUGUGAGUCAUGUUGAGGGAAAUUGGUACACUUCAUUGGUGCAUCAAAUUUCUGUAUAUGGUGUGGCUGCUGGGUAUUGUUUAUCUGCAUCAUUGCUUUCCAUUAUCAACAAAUGGGCAGUGAUGAAAUUCCCUUACCCUGGUGCCCUAACCGCCUUGCAGUACUUCACCAGCGCCGCCGGGGUCUUCCUCUGCGGCCGGCUGAAGCUCCUGGAGCAUGACUCCCUUGACCUUAUGACCCUGUGGCGGUUUUUGCCGGCUGCUAUAAUAUUUUACCUGUCCCUUUUCACCAACAGUGAGCUGCUCCUACAUGCCAAUGUUGACACCUUCAUUGUGUUCCGCUCGGUCGUUCCCUUGUUUGUCGCGGUAGGGGAGACACUGUUCUUGCACCAGCCAUGGCCGUCGGCGAAGACGUGGGCCUCCCUGGCCACCAUCGUUGCCGGCAGUGUGCUCUAUGUGGUCACUGAUUAUCAGUUUACUUUCAUGGCUUACAGCUGGGCGCUGGCCUACUUGGUUAGCAUGACCAUAGAUUUUGUUUACAUAAAACAUGUGGUUAUGACCAUUGGCUUGAACACAUGGGGUCUUGUGCUGUACAAUAAUCUUGAGGCUCUUUUGCUCUUUCCCCUGGAGCUGCUGAUUAUGGGGGAGCUGAAGAAGAUUAAGCAUGAUAUCGAUGAUGAGACUGAUUGGCACUCGUUCCAGGUCAUUUUGCCGGUGGGAUUGUCGUGUCUGUUUGGUCUAUCGAUCUCGUUCUUUGGAUUUUCUUGCCGCAGGGCGAUUUCUGCAACCGGAUUUACUGUCCUUGGUAUAGUGAACAAGUUGUUGACAGUUGUGAUCAAUUUGGUGAUAUGGGACAAGCAUUCAACAUGGGUGGGUACGGUGGGACUUCUGAUUUGUAUGCUGGGUGGGAUUAUGUAUCAGCAAUCAACAAGCAAGCCCAAGGCUGCAAAACAGGCAAGUGCACAAGAAAAGGAGGAGGAACAACAGAAGUUGCUUGAAAUGCAAGGCACUUCAGUGGCCAACAUCAAUAAUAAUGAUGUUAAUAAACCAAGGGAGGAAAGAUGAAAUUAUUUUCUUGUAGAACAAUUCCAUAUUUCCUUUCAAGUGUAUGUUUGUUUUACAGGUAUUUGAUAUAAAUUAUGCUCUCAUUUUUUGUAACUGUUAAUUCACAAUUCUUUACAGAGCUAUCCCUUUGAAUGGCAAGCUAAUUGGCAUUCUGGUAUGUAGGGUUUUAUUUACUUAGAGGCUGUUAUAUAAAAUCUAUUAUUUAAGUACCUGAUAGAUAAAAUUUUCUUCAA